AUGGGCGAGCUCAAUCUCCUUAACCCCGGGUUUGUUGGACAAUUGGUUAACAUUCAUUCAAGAGAUGCAUGCUAUCUAUCCGGUGUCCGUGUGUCGGAUGAACCGCUAGGGAUAGAAACCUCAAGAAGACACAAUAUCUGCUCUUUGUCUUGGAGCCCAUCCGAACCAUGUGGAUACCCACAAUCUUAUGUUUCCCUAAACUGCACAUACACUCAAUCAUGCCACUUUCCUCGACAGGAAGAAGACAGAUGCUGUUAUCGUGAGAGUGCGUGCGCCACCAGCGGUGCUGGUGACAAUAACAAUACCAGUCUUGAACUGGACAACUCAUCUGUGUCAGGACUGAAUAAUCUGAACGGAAUGGACAACGGAGGAAGUGGCUACUCCAAAUAUGACUAUUUAACAAUCGAACAUUUAACCCUAAAUCCUCCAUCGUGUCGCUCCUUUGAAUCCGAUUCUGGUUCUUCACACGAGGGGUCCAAGACCCCACCGGGCACCUCAAGUCCACUGACAUCCCCUGACAUCCACAAUGCCACACACGGAGGUGAGUGCUCGGUGCUCUGGUUCCCAAUUCACACACACACCCGAAAGAAGCGUAAACCCUAUUCAAAGCUUCAACUGAAUGAAUUAGAGGGUGAGUUUAUCCUUAGUGAGUUCAUCACUCGACAGCGGAGGAGGGAACUGUCGGACCUGCUCAAUCUCACGGACCAACCGGUCAAAAUCUGGUUCCAGAACCGUCGCAUGAAGAAGAAAAGGCUCCUGACGCGGGAACAGGCACUGUCUUACUUUUAGAGCGAGGCGGAUCCUGACUGAGAUCUGAGAUGAUUCAUAAAACAUCGGAAUGAUGAGUAUCAGUUCGCGGAUUCCAAGCUAAUUCUCAUUGAAGCUUGACUGGACUUUAAGUAACCGUGCACCCAGUUUAAACGAAAUAGUUUAUGCGUAAAAAAGAAAAGACCAACCCGAUCUCACGGACUAAAUGUAUAUAAUUUACAACUGGAUGCUCCCCCUAAACAUAACAGUCAUGUACAAAUGCUUGUCAAAUCUGUUAACUGCAGAUUGCCAGGGUAAAAGGACAAAGAGGCUUUAGCUUUUAUUUUUUGUCUCUUUGUUGUAGCCCAGACCAAUGUACAGCAUGGAUGGUGCCAGGCUUUAAAAAGUAGCCUAUUGUUGUGAUAUUUUCAUGUGAUAAACGCUCGAACAUCAUUGCCGUCUUUUUCAGUGCGGUUAGUUUUGCUUUCCUCUAGGAACUCUGUGCUAAUGCUAUAUUUGUUAAAAAGGAGUACAUGAUAGCAGUGUAGGCUAUAAUAAUGGCGUUUUAUAAUCAGUGCAAUGUCUUUCUGAUGUUUUUGGCAAAUGUCUGCCACAUCAAUAAGAAUUAAAUGAUUGUAUCAGUGUGGGACUAAGGAUUCAAAAUAAUUUCCAA